AUGAGUGUAGCUACCAUUGAGAAUAACUGCAGAGAUGAUGAUAACAAAGAAAAUUAUCCAGACAAUGCUGCAGCUUUAGAAGAAAGACAGCUGCUUUUCCAAGACAUCCAGCAGCACAAGGAGCAGGCAGCUGUUGGCUGCACGCUGAAGCCUGCAAUGGGCAACUUAAAGCUGAGAAAGCCUAAGCCCAUUGCAAAGCUAGAAAACGGAAAAAGCCAUGAGGAAAGUCAGGAGCUGCAGCGCGUGUUGCCUGCCCGGCGGGCGGCAGGAGCCUCCGCUGGUGCCCGUGCCCAGAAGGUGCCGUUCAGAUGCCAGGAGGCAGUCGGGACGUUUACGCCAGGAAUAGAGCAGAGCACAUGCAUUUCACCAAGAGAAGCAACUGAGCAACUGCACAACAAAAAUGAGAAUUCCUUGCUGAAGCUGCAAGCCCUUGAGAGCGAUCUCUGCUCGGCCUUCCUGACAGCGCAGGAGGAAGCGCCGCAGCUGCCGGCGGCCAAGGAGGCAGCCCCUGCAUCGGUGCAGAGCGGCGCGCAAGCUGAUGGGGCCGGCGGUGCAGAGCAAUAUCACUUCAUUUCUCCUAUUAUUGAUUUUAAUUUAAUGCAUCAGCAGAGAGAUAGUGAAGAGCCUGUACCAGCCCCCAGAGACUGGCAGAAUGACAUGGACAGCAGCCCUCAAGAGCAUCACUCCAUAGGGACCAGUCGACUACUGUAUCAUAUUACUGAUGGAGACAAUCCCCUUUUGUCACCACGCUGCUCUAUUUUUAGCCAAAGCCAGAGAUUUAAUCUAGACACAGAGUCUGCCCCUUCUCCACCAAGUGCUCAACCUUUCAUGAUGCCAAGAAGUACUUCUAGAUGCAACUGUGAAGAUUGCAAAGAACCACAGACAGUAGCACAACUUACCAAGCAUCUUCAGAGUCUCAAGAGAAAAAUUAGGAAGUAUGAAGAAAAGUUUGAACAAGAAAGAAAAUAUCUGCCUUCACAUGGUGACAAGAGCUCCAAUCCCGAAGUCUUAAAAUGGAUGAAUGAUUUGGCUAAAGGUCGCAAGCAGCUCAAAGAGCUGAAACUCAAAAUGUCAGAAGAGCAAAACUCCACAUCCACAGCACCCCAAAGAAACGAUCGCUGUGAAAGCACUGGGGUCUCUAAAGAGCCUGGGACACAGGAGGCAGGGAGCACGGAGCCGGCUCCCUCAGUAGAAGAAACCAUGGACAGCAUGCUGAGGCGACUGAAGGAGAAAAGACAGCACUUCAACCUUCCCGAGACUCUGAAGGUAACUAAACAAGAAAAGAAUCUUAUGAAGCCUCUGUAUGACAGAUACAGAAUCAUCAAGAAGCUUCUUGCAACUCCAUCAUUGAUCACAACAAUUCAGGAGGAAGAAGACUCAGAUGAAGACCGUUCUCAGAGCAGCCAUGAGUUGUCAUCCAGCCCAGUCUCUUGCCUGCCUGUUGAUGAGCACCUGUGUUACGCGCAGGAGGAGAGUGAACCUGCACACGUUUCACCUCUGGAUGAAAAGAAAGUUUACAGAAAAACAGCCUUGUCUAUGUCCAAUUUACAUGAGGCAACAAUGCCUGUUCUACUUGAACAUCUCAGAGAAACAAGAGCAGAUAAGAAAAGGCUUCGCAAAGCUCUGAGAGAGUUUGAGGAGCAAUUCUACAAACAGACGGGAAGGAGUCCACAAAAAGAAGAUCGGGUGCCCAUGGCAGAAGAAUACUCUGAAUACAAGCACACAAAAGCCAAAAUCAGGCUCUUGGAGGUUCUCAUCAGUAAGCAUGAUAUCGCCAAAACGAUUUGAAAUGAGCGCAAUGCCGUGGGCUUGGUCUCUAGGGAGGGGAAAAAAAGAGGGAAGUAAUUUAACAGGUCUUGGUCUGCUGCACAAUUAUUUGACACAGUGAGAUGCUGAUGCACUUUACCAAUUGCAUUUGCUGGGAUGACAGAGGACGGCAAUAUGCAAGAAUAUUAAGCACGGGUGAGUGGACUAUAGUCUAUUUAUUUUCCUUCUGAAAACGCCUUGAAGUGCACUGUGAAAAUGUUAGAAAUUAAAAGGACACUGCAGUGUUGCACCCUCUGCCCUGCUUUUGCUUUUAGAAAGUGUGAGGAAAUGCUCUCCUGGUUUUUACUAUAUCUUAGUAUAGAGUAAUGUGCCACACAUUUCCUACAAGAAUUAACAGUAAAUUUACAACUAUUGUCAGUUCUCAGCUGAUUUGCUUAAACAAGCUAACAGUCAACCUGGAUAAAGGUGCCACUCAAUUCCAGUAGCUUCAAAGGAAGGUGCACACACAGAGCCAGCGCCAGGGGCUGGAUUAAAUUCUUGGUGCAGAGCAAAGGGAUGCUGCCUGUGCAAAAAACAAGGAAGGAAGACGAUGGCCAGGUUGAGAUACUGUUUUUUAGAAAUGAGAAAAAGUGUGUGGCAAGAUGAAACAGGUGCCGUUUGCCAGGAGGAGGUAAAGCAAAGGUACUGGAUGCUGUCCUUCUUGCUAUGGUUUACAGAACCUGGCUUACAAUACUUACAAUUCAGUAAAUAGAUCAACUACAUGCUCAUUCUUAUUUCUCUAUUGAACGUUGCACUUUAUUUUGCCUGAUGCUAUAACAUUUGCUUUUCUAAGUACCAAAGCUCGUUUAGAAGCAUGCACUUUGUUAAAUGUUGAAGUAUUUCCUGUGUUACAAAUUGCCACAUAUCUAUAUUGAAAUGAGACUAGAUUAUUGCAUUAUGCUAUGAUAUUUUGGAUAGAUGAAGUACAUGGUACAUAAUUGAGUGUCAUAGUUAUUUGGUGAGGAACGCUAGACUUCUUGUUUACAAAAAUAUUAUAAAAAAUAUUUUUCCAUUGAAAUUAUGCAUCUUAAAUUUCAGAGCACUACACUUUGUAAUAUUAUGGAGUUUUUAUUUU